AUGGGUAACCGCUCGUCAUCACCUCAAAGACCUCAAGUGGCCUUCGAUGUGGACCCAUCUCCCAUUCAGUCUAAAUCCAUCAAGAGGCAAUCAGAUUAUCCUACGUCAUCUGGUGGCUUGGGCGAUAUCUGGAAGUGCUCAAUGAUCAUCAAUCGGGUAACCCCUACUGAGGUUGCUGUCAAAAAUAUCAGGAUAACGGACAUGCGCGACGAAGAAGCUAUCCAAAAAGCGAAGAAGAGACUUCGCCGCGAAGUAGCCGUGUGGAUCAAAUUGAGCCAUGCGCAUGUUCUCACUCUUCACGGCACGGUCUCCGGGUUCGGACCAUUGCCUGCCCUUGUUUCUACAUGGAUGUAUAACGGGGCACUUGAUGGUUACCUGAAGCGCACGAGCCUCACUAUGAAACAGAAACUAAAGCUGGGAGUAAUUCACGGGGACCUGACCAACACAAAUGUUCUGAUCGACCGCGAUGGCAAUGCAUUUUUGGCAGAUUUCGGUCUCUCGUUGGCUCUUGCAGAGAGUGACAGAUCGUACUACCAGUCGUAUUCGAAAGGCGCUGUCCGGUGGUCAGCGCCCGAAUUGAUCGACUCACCGGAUUCAGAAAGCAUUCCGGAUGACAGUCACGGCGCUAUCCUGAAACCGAACAGUCAGAGCGAUGUAUUUUCGCUCGGUUGCAUCAUGCUAUAUGUCUUCUCGGGCGCAAUUCCCUUCUGGUGGAUUAAAAAUGCUAAUAAGGUAUUCAAACCUCAGUUCGACCGCGUAGAGCCAUAUCGGCCCGAAUCCAGUGUGAUCGUUAGCCGCCAGCAUUUGGAUUUCAUGCGCAAAUGUUGGUCAGCCAAGCCUGAGGAUCGUCCUUCCAUUGAGGAUGCUGCUUCCUUUGUGGAAAAUGAGCUGAAAAGUGCCAGAUCUCCCCCGUCCAACUAACUCAGCGAUGUAUGUCACGGUACGCUUUAGACGUAGAUUGCGGUUGUGGCUCACCUAUAUAUCAAGUAUCUCGAUUAGCUUAAU